AUGCCUCCCGACUCCACCGGACGACUGACUAUCAGCUACAUGUGCGUGCUGCGAUUAGACUCGCCGCGCACCUCCGAUGCCCGUGGCGACAGCGACUGCACGCCGGCAGAACCCCCAGAGCCCCGGCUGUCCGACAAUUUCUCAUCCUUCUGCCUCCCUGCCAUCCACGGGGCCUUAGUUCAAGCGUACCUCGACGCUCAGCCAUAUCCGUCACCAUCCCCCGCGGACGACAAGCCUGUCAAGGGCAAGAACUCCCCUUCCCAACCCGACGAUGGCUCGCAGAGCCGUCAUUUGGCCGCAUUUACUCACUCCCAGCGACUUGAAGCCGUCCUAAAGGCAAUUGAACGCACUUAUGAAAAUCCCCCACAGGAUGAUACAGCGACUAAGUCCAACCCCAUCACCCCUCCAGCCCCGGGCGCCAUCAAGGCCGGGGAUGGCUGGUGCUCCACCUUACCAGACGGGCCGUACGCCGUCGCCAUCAUGUUGGGGUCAUCCCAGCCCACUAAAACUGCCUCGCAGCCCAAGUCCGACGACGACGACGGCGAUGACAAGGACCCUACCGCCGCUACGUGCCCCCCUCCCACGCCCCCCUUCCCACCGUUGUGGCUGGGCGCGCUGAGCCGCUCCCUCACCUACCUGGACUUCAGCUGUAUCCCUAAAGUCUCUACCAAGCUUCGUCCCCGCUUGGAUCCGGCGAGCUGGGACCUCUAUGUACUGUCGGCCCUGCGCCGUCUCCAGGUGAUCAGCUUCCGGCACAGCCUGGUGGCCUCCCCCCUCCCCGCGGCCUUGGCGACGAGCCUCCCGUCGUUGCGAGUUAUUGACUUGCACGGCGUGGAGUUUCUUCUGCGGCAAGAUGAGGUUGCGGAAAUGCUCCGGGCGCUGCUACGUGAUGGUGACGGCAGUGGGUGUGACGGUAAGCGUGAUGACAGUGCUGGCGGUGAUGACGGUGGCGUUCGGCGGCUGGUGGUGGCGGCGAAGGAGGCGGAACAUCAAAGUGCGGAGGUGCUUAGUUUCAAGUGCUUGCCACCGCCGCCGCCGCCGCCGACGGCCCCAGUAGCGCCCGGAAGCAGCUCUCCCCCCAGCUCUGCAACAGAGUCGCCUUCCGAAUACUUUAAGGUUGCAGCCGGCAUUAGGGCGGUGCGGGCAGCCAGGGAGCGCGUGUUCCUCACCCACCUUCGCGAGGCCUGGUGGAACGUGUCCGUGCUGUCUACUGAGAAGGAGUCUACUUCAGUGACAUCCCAACCUGUGGAUUUCUCAAUGGUACGACUACUGUACGACCUGGGUCUGCUGCCGCCGCUGGAGGAGCCGCCGCCACCAGCACCGACACCGCAGCAGCCAGCCCAGCCGUCAGCAGCAGCAGCGGCGACGGGGAAGAGUACGACAUCGGCGUGUACGUCGGCGGGUCCGGUAGCGGGAGGAGCAGCUUCCGGCGGCGCGGAAGGCGGCGAGUCGGGUGUUCCGGGGGACGUGGAGAAGCGGGAGCCGGGGGAGCACGAGGUGAAGGAAGGUGGAACGUUGGACUCCGGAGCCGCCUUGCUCAUUAAGACCCGCCAGCCAUCCUGGCCCCGCGGCGCUGACGUCACCAUGGACUUCGUACAACUGAAAUUGGCCUGGCCGUACGAGUGUAACCGCUGGGACCAACCCACCUGGUCUCAUCAGCAGCCCCUGCACUCCAAAUACAGAAAAGAUGUCUGGUUCUACCUGACUAGUCGGCAAUGGAGGCGGGUGCUUGAAGAAGGGGACGACCUGAACGGCAGUGGGGGUGGGGGUGCUGGUGGUGGCGGCGGCGGCAACGGUGAAGAUCCUUUUGGGGUUGAGGUGGUGGACUUCCAGGCGCUGGAGGACCGGGAGAUGCUCCUGUCGAGGACGCUGUUCUGCGCCUGUGUAAUCUAA